AUGUUUGUACACAUCUGGGAGUCACGUGCGAAGUCAGGACCGGACCGAACAGGAGAAGGCGCCCGCCGCCCGUCCUGUCCCUUCGCCAGGAGCACCCUCUGCAAAGGCGCCCGAGCACCCGCCGAGCAGCGCAGGCGGCAGCAGACAGCCCCCUCCACGAACCUCUUCGGGGUGGGGUGGGCGGAAUCUGCCUGGGCCUCGCCCGCGACUGCAGCAGCCCCGCGGGCAGGAAGGGACGGGCCUGCCCCACCACCGACGCUAGGAGUUGCUGCCAAGCGCCAAGGAAGCAGCGGCCCGCCGACGGACGGGGCGCGCCAGACACGCGAGGAGGUGCGGCUGCACCCACGACGGCGCCACCUCCGACACGCGCCCGGGAAGGGGGCAGCCCCAGGGAGCGCGGGCCAAAGGGAACCCCCUCCGCGCCGUCUGGCUUCUCCCCGCCCGCUCCUUGAGGCGCCCCCUCGGGACAGGGAGGACAUCGCCCCCACCCCAAAACCAAUUAAUUCCGCUCAGAAGCAGGAAAGAAAGAGUUGUCCCCCCGCGCGGAAUGAGGAGGGGCGCCUUCCUACCUGGGGGACGCGGCGGAGGCUCCUGCGGGCGCCACUGGAUUCUGGGUGGGGGAGGAGCGAGGGGGACGGAGCGCGACCUCCUCGCCGUCCUCCCCCGACAGCCACGCCCCCUGCAGCAAGAGAAACUAUUGCUCGCCCCUGCACAUGCCCAGAGCCACCCUGA